UUAUACACGCAGCGCAGCUUCUCAUCCCAGCAUAGCACAGCACAACGCAACCCCUGAAAGAGACCGCAGCAGACAGUUGGCUUUGUCGUCCAAGCUUCUCAGCCCGAUCCGCACGCGAAUCUUGCAAACGCGUCCACGCGUGUAAUCCUCCCCCCCCGCCAGCGCAACCGUGGAUAGAGUGUGCUACAGUCAAACACGGCAAGAUGAAGUAUAUCAUCGUCAGCGGUGGUGUCAUCUCGGGCAUCGGAAAGGGCGUCAUCGCCUCUUCGACCGGGUUGCUGCUCAAAACGCUCGGCCUCAAAGUGACGGCCAUCAAAAUCGACCCAUACAUGAACAUCGAUGCAGGCACCAUGGCCCCGACCGAGCACGGCGAGGUCUUUGUCCUCAACGAUGGCGGAGAGGCCGACCUCGAUUUGGGCAACUACGAGCGCUACCUCAAUGUCACCCUCCGCCGUGAUAACAACAUCACUACCGGCAAGAUCUACCGUCAAGUUAUCGAGAAAGAGCGACGGGGAGACUACCUCGGCAAGACGGUUCAGAUCGUGCCGCACCUGACGGGCGCGAUCCAAGAUUGGAUCGAGCGCGUGGCCAGGCUGCCCGUCGAUGAGACCGGAGAGGAGCCCGACGUGUGCAUCGUCGAACUUGGCGGUACCGUUGGCGACAUUGAGUCUGCGCCGUUUGUCGAAGCGCUGCGCCAGUUCCAGUUCCGAGUCGGGACGGAGAACUUUGCCCUGAUCCACGUCAGCUUGCUGCCCGUCAUCGGCGGUGAGCAGAAGACCAAGCCUACGCAGGCGGCGAUCCGCGACCUACGCGGCCUGGGCCUCGUCCCGGACAUGAUCGCCGCGCGCUGCGCGACGCCGCUCGACCACGCGGUCAUUAACAAGUUGUCCAUGUUCUGUCACGUCGGGCCCGAGCAGGUGCUUGCCGUGCACGACGUUAGCUCAACAUACCACGUCCCACUGCUGCUUGAGCAACAGGGCAUGGUGCGCUACUUUGAGCGGCGCCUCGGCCUCGACGUCAAUGGCAUCCCCGAGCCGAUGAAGCUCAAGGGCCGCACGCUGCGCACGCGCUGGCGCGAGCUCACCAUCGGCCACGACCUCCCGCUGGACAAGGUCGAGAUCGUCCUCGUCGGCAAGUACACGUCGCUGCAGGACAGCUACAUGUCCGUCGUCAAAUCGCUCGAGCACGCUGCGCUGCGCUGCAGUCGUAAGCUCGUGCUCAAGUGGGUUGACUCGAGCGACCUCGAGCCGCACACGGAGAAGGACAACCCGGUGCGCUACCAUGAGGCGUGGCACAGCCUCUGCUCAGCCAAGGGCAUUAUCGUCCCUGGCGGCUUUGGCCAACGCGGCACGGAGGGCAUGAUCAGCGCGGCGCGUUGGGCACGCGAGAAGAAGGUCCCCUACCUCGGCAUCUGCCUCGGCUUCCAGAUCGCGGUGAUCGAGUACGCGCGCAACGUCUGCGGCAUCACUGCCGCUAACAGCGCCGAGCUUGACGCCAAGUGCGCCGACCCAGUCGUUGUGUACAUGCCCGAGAUCAGCAAAACGCACCUCGGCGGCACGAUGCGGCUUGGCCUGCGCCCGACCAUCUUUGGGCCUGGCACGGAAGAGUGGUCGCGGAUACGCAAGCUGUACGGUGGCGAGCCGGUUGUUUGGGAACGCCACCGCCACCGCUACGAGAUCAACCCGCAGUACAUUGAGCGCAUCGAACGCGGCAACAUCGACCCCGCCGCCAAGGCUGCCAAGAAGUUGAUCAGCCGACCCCCGCCUGAGCGCGUGCCAUCGCUGCCAGAGGUCACGUUUGGCCUGCCGAAGGAUACACCGCGGGUGGGCCCCCCGGCGGACGAGCUCUUCUUUGUCGGCAAGGACGAGAAGGGGGAGCGCAUGCAGAUCGCGGAGAUGAAAGACCACCCAUAUUUUGUCGGCCUGCAAGCGCAUCCAGAGCUCGUAUCGCGACCGCUGAACCCCUCCCCGCCGUUCCUCGGCCUCGUCGCCGCCGCGGCCGGCAUCCUGGAGCAGCAGAUCGCGGCGCAGCUGAAGGAUUUCGUCCCACCGCAUCCAAAGGACCUUUUGAUCCUCGAAUCAGAGGCGCAGCGCCGCAGGGAGCUGGGGCAGGACACAACCAAUACGGAGAUCAAGCCGGCCACGACACCGCCGGGCGUGUCGACACCCGUGCGAAGCCGCUGUCCCGACAGUGAAGAGGUGCACCCCAGCGGGUCUCCCCUGAUCAAUGCCUCGUCAAGUGAGGCUCCUUAGCACACAUAUACAUAGAGCAACAGCAGCAAAAAGUAUCAAAGUCGCAGCGGCCGGUGGUGUGGGUGCGUUGCGAAAGAGAAAUGAUCAUGAUGUCUUUGCAGUAAUCUACCAUUGUAAAUGCCUGUUACCACACCAGUACCGAAAGGAAAGUAACAAAUGCGAAU